UUUUCAAUAGCUUGUAGCCUAAUAGCUAUCCUACCUAUCGUGGCCAGGCAUUGCGUGAUGCUUAGGCUAGUUAAAAUCCCAAGUACCUACCUAGGUACUAUGCUAGGUACCUACUGUAGCUACUGUAUAAUUUUAUUAGUGGUCCUGAAGUUAAGAUCCCAUUUGACAAGGUACCUGGUGUUUUGGGGAUGUAUAUUAACACGUCUAGAUCCCCUUGCUUGUCUGGAUAAGGAUGCUUACUUUGCUUAGGUUACUUUAGGGUAAUUUUAGGCAAUCACCCGGAACGGAGGACAAGGAAUGUUCCUGCGCAUGUGACAGCCAUAAGGGAAUGGGGCGUCAAUUGUAUUUCGCCGUGUUUAGUGCUAGCCCUUGGGGGUUAAUUACAGUCGACCCCUCAAAAAUAAGGUUAAAGUCUUAAUAAGCAACUCAAAUACCUACUUCAGGAAACUGUAAUUUCCAAAGAAAUACCCAGCGCGAAGUUAUUAGGUUCGAUGUUGGGAAGUGCAGAGAGAUGGUAAAACUAUAGGAAAGGCACAACAGACUAUGGGAGGUCCUGUAAUGGAUGUUGCAUGGCACGACGAUGGAAGCAAGGUGUUUAUGGCCAGUGCAGAUAAAACAGUGCAUUGCUGGGAUUUAGGCAGCAAUCAAAAGAUGCAGGUUGCACAGCAUGAGGCUCCAGUGAAAACAGUGCAUUGGAUUAAAGCUCCUUCUUAUUCCUGCAUUAUGACUGGUUCCUGGGAUAAAACAUUAAAGUUUUGGGAUACAAGAAGUGCCACACCAAUACUAACAAUUAACUUACCGGAGAGAUGUUAUUGUGCUGAUGUUGAGUAUCCGAUGGCAGUGGUUGGCACAGCUAAUCGUCACUUGAUAGUUUACCAGCUAGAAGGGCAGCCACAAGAGUACAAACAGAUAGAAUCACCAUUAAAAUAUCAGCACAGGUGUGUAGCAAUCUUCAAAGACAAGAAGGGUGCUGGAGCUCCGGCUGGUUUUGCCCUUGGAAGUGUUGAAGGUCGAGUGGCUAUCCAGUAUAUAGUAGCAGCAUCACCAAGAGACAACUUCACAUUCAAGUGUCACAGAUCCAAUGGUACUUCCAAUGGAUUCCAAGACAUAUAUGCUGUGAAUGACAUCAAAUUCCACCCAGUUCAUGGUACAUUAGCAACUGUUGGAUCUGACGGGAGAUUUAGCUUUUGGGACAAAGAUGCACGGACAAAGCUCAAGAACUCCGAAGCAAUGGAGCAGCCCAUCUCCUGUUGUGCAUUUAAUCACAAUGGCCAAAUAUUUGCAUAUGCAGUUUCUUACGACUGGUCAAAGGGCCACGAAUUCUUCAACCCACAGAAGAAGAAUUAUAUCUUUCUGCGGUCUUGCUACGAAGAGUUGAAGCCUCGGAGCCGGUAGACCAUGUGAACACCAUGAAAAAAUUGGACAUUUGUAUUGUUGUAACAUUGCAUUUCAAGUGCUCUAUUUCCAGCAUUUUUUAGAAGUUUUUUCAAUAGAAGUUCAACAUUUUUUCAAUAGAAGUUCAACACAUGUUUGGUCUGUAUUUGAUCAAAAGAUUUCUCCUUUUCCAGAUGUUGGAUAUCCUCUGCAUGUUGUACAAGAUUUUGUAAGUUUAAUUGAAUUUUCGGUAUGGAGUAACUGUUAUAUUGUUCAUAUCUUUUGCAGCAUUUUGUGAGAUGGUUGCUGCUAACACAACCUGUUAACCAAAUCAGUUGGAGAUUUUUAUAAGCAAGAUCUCUGUAUGAUUGUGAUCAUUAAACUUGUUUUAUUGAUAGAGGAAGCUGUAUUAUGAAAUAUUAUUUUCAAAAUGUAAUUUAAUACUUAAACAUAAUAAAUGUUUUAUAGAAA